AAUCAAACAAACCUGAUUUGAACAAAAUUCCAAUAGCUAGCUACCUUGCUUACCCGGUAGGUACUCUGGUAAGACGCUCCGAUCAUCAUCACCCAUUACCCCCGUAAUUAUUAUAUCUUCAAUCAGUCCUUUUGGUCCCUUUGAUCCUUUUGUAGUUUGCAGGGGGGUUCUUCAUCAAAUUACCUGGUACUCCUGGUCAUCAUUUCGAUUAAGCACACUUACGGCACCGCCACGGAUUUAUACAUAAAGAUCUUACAAUCGAGACUACCUAGGUACUGGAACUGGAAUAUCACGGACGACAAAGCCGGGCGAAUAAAACAAGCACCGUAAGCCGCCGACGACUUUCCAAAGUUCCAACUCCUUUUAGUCUCUAAGCUACCCUUACGUCGCAAAACUCAAGCAACAAUUAUAUUUACUACCCCUUUGCUCACUUGUACAAUCCCGAAUACGUCUGGGCCUACAUAAUAUAAUAGCUAUUCCAUCUCGACCAGAGGGAAACUCCCCAAUUUGGGAGUGAAGUACUCUCCCUUGGCUGUUAAUUGUCGCAUUGUAGCUGGAAACACCAAGGUCUAAGAUGUCGACUUCUUUUGAGAAGUCUGUGAAAGGCGCGACAAAGAUUAAGGUAUGACAUGUUCGACAUUGUUUUAAAUGUCCAUGUGGUUGAAGAUCAAAUACUGAGCAUUAUUGUGAACAGGCUGCCCCUCCCAAGUCAAAGUACUUGAACCCGGAUCAAGAGCUUCAUCACGAACGUUGGACUAAUAAUCAAACAGAUAUAUCGAACACAUUCUGAUAGCCACUCAUUCGGGCGAAGCGGGAGUCGCUGAAGUAUUCCGAGCGUUACAAAAUCGUCUUCGAGAUUCGACAUGGACCGUGGUAUUCAAGAGUUUGAUCACAGUUCAUCUGAUGAUUAGAGAAGGGUCUCCGGAUGUAACAUUGGCAUAUCUUGCGCAGCAUAGGAAUAUGCUAGCAAUAAGCAAUUUCACUGAUGGUGUGUAUCCAGAGAAUAUUUCUGCGAUUCUCUGUAUAGUGGCUUAGCCAUGACAGGCAAUAUCAUAGAAACCGUGCUAACAGAGCAUGGCAAAGUGCAAACCCAGGGACGAAAUAUCCGACAUUACACAAACUAUCUGACCGAGCGCGCGAGAUCAUUUCGAGACACAAAAUGCGAUUUUGUACGUGGUGCUGAGGGAAGGUUGGAGAAGUUGUCGGUGGAGAAGGGUCUGUUGAGGGAGACGGAAUCAGUACAGAAUCAGAUCACAUCAUUGCUGAAAUGCGACGUACGUCUGAUGCCCGCUUUAAGGUAAACUUUGCUAAGCAAUAGUGUAGGUUUUGGAUAACGAACUCGAUAAUGAGAUUACGAUUACAGUCUUCCGGAUGCUAGUAUUGGAUCUCCUAGCAUUGUUUCAUGUUAUAAACCAGGCCAUGAUCAACAUAUUAGGUACUUGAUCUCAGAAGCGGCCAGUGUAUCAUGCUAACAAGAUCAUAGGCCACUUUUUCGAAAUGUCAAAACCCGAUGCAGAACGAGCUAUGGAGAUAUACAGAAAUUUUACCCGACAAACAGAUUUUGUAGUUUCGUACCUCGGUGUUGCCAGACAAUAUGAGCAUCAGACGCGAGUGGAGGUUCCAAAACUCAAGCAUGCGCCUGUAAAUCUUGGAAAACAGCUGGAGGACUAUUUGAUGGACCCGGAUUUUGAGGUAAACAGAAGGCAAUACCUUGCAGAGCAGGAGUCUACCAAGAAAGGGAAGAGUGGAGCCAGUAGCGCAAGCAAACCUUUUGCAGUACCCUCCAAGAGCGAAAGCGAUGACAGGGCCGCUACUGGACGCUCUUUUCCUGAUGCAGUACAAGCAUCUUCUUCAAACACUACUGCGCAACCCUCUAAAGCACCGGCUGCAGAUUUGAUUGACUUUUUCGACUCCAUUGAUACACCGCAGCCAAUGGCUACCCAAGUAGGAAUACAGCAAGCACCUCAAUUCAACGGGGACCCUUUUCAAAUGCAGCAGCAACAGCAACUCCAACAGAACGGAUUCGCUCAACAACAAACUGGCUUCCAAGAUCCAGGGCAGUUUGCUCAACAGCAAGGCUUUAAUAAUGUUUUUACCAUGCAGCCACAGGCACCUUUACAACAACAGCAGCAGCAACAACAACCGCAACCCAUGCAGCCACAUUUCACGGGCGCUGGAUAUGGUGGCUAUACUCCACAGCAAUCAUUCCAACCGUCAGGUCUCUCGGCCAUCCCACAAGAAUCGGCUGUAAAUUUCCAGCAGCAGGGACAGCAACAAAUGAAUUUACAAACUCCUCAAGAGACGAAUCCUUUCCGGCAGUCGACGAUGACAAACAAUCUAGGAAUGACUGUACCUUCAUUCCCGGCAUCACCACCUGUCGCGUCUCCAGUAAUUCGACAAUCGACCAACCCUUUUGCCAAGUCAGCAUCACCGCAACUACAGCCCUACACUCCGCCACCAGACCAGCAAUUCCAGCAACAGCCAAUAGCAGCUCCUCUCAGAGCGAUGCAAACAGGCACUAAUCCCUUUGCCAAGAGCUUAUCCGUUCAAUCAGCAGAGCGACCUCAAACAAGUGGCGCCAGUCUUGCGCCACAGCCUACUGGAAAUACAAAUCCAUUUCGACAAAGUCAAUUUGUCAACACAGCUACGGGCAUGGGCUGGCAAAACGCUCAGCAAACUAUAGGAGGUGGUUUAGAUCAUAUUCCAACAGUUCCCGUCUUCCCUCGACCCGGACAACAGCAAGCCUGGCAGCAAUAGCCGAAGAAGUGAAACCCGUGAAGUAAAAGUCCACACAAUUUCUGGACGAUAUGGUUCACGUGUACAUUUGUGCUAUGAUAAGAAAAUUUUAUUGGUGUUUCAAGGAUCAUUACAAGCAUGGCGUUCUGAAGGUAUUGCAAUUUGCAGACGGGAGCAAGGUUUAAGGGCGUCAAGAUGCAUGAUGUGAUAUUAAAUUGCCUGUACCUACAGAAGAGGUAUUUCGCCAUAGGUAACUAAUUACAAAGGCAUGGCCUUUAAAUGUAUAACUAUGUCCAAAUGACUACGGAAUCCAUUGACUACGCCACUUCUCUUUAGACUCCAUGA